AUGGACCCAGCGGAUGCAGCUCUCGUCGAGUGUCUGGAGGAGACGGCUCGUAUCCAAGCGAUCCUCGACCGCAUCUUUACAGCGCCCGAUUUGAAGAGCAAGAUAAAGGAGAUGCUGCAGGCCCAGGAACUGUCGAGUCAGGAAAUGGCUUCCAGCACCCACCAGUCACAACAACCCCACAAUCAGUCAUCUCCAUUGCUGCCUCCGGAACCUGAGUGUGUUCGUGUCGGUUCGCUGAGAUUCGCCGCAGCGUCACCACCUCUCAGCUCACCAGUUUCCACGCCCUCAUCACAGUCUCGCCAUACUCCUGUCACAGUUCAGCGCGAGGUAGCACUGGACACCAUAGACUUAGACCACGACGAGCGCCAGUCAAUAUUCUGCGCUCUGUUGGAGGAGGAGCUCCGGUGGAAGCCAUGGCUCAUUCCGGAGCACGAGCCCUCUUUCCGGGGAACUCGACUGGCUCUCGGGGGACCUCGGAGUUAUCAGGGACUUCCACCCAUCGCUCCGCCGUCUGCCACUUCAAAGAAGAAACGGGCGCGCCACCGACGCUCCGUAUCACAAACGCAAGUUGUUGAUUUUGACACUACUUUUCCGGUUAAUGAGCCCGGCUACAAAGAGACUGUUUGCCCUGGAAAUGCUAGCCCUCAGGCUCAGCUAAGCUGCUGUGGGACGGCUAUCCAGGCCGGUUUGGAGCCGGAGACGGAGCCUGAGGACGACGCCUCGCCUGGUUCUGCCACACCUCAGUCUGAGAACACAUAUAAACUCAUUUCACCCAAUAUAGACUGUGUGUUGCUGCAACUUACACAGCCUCCUGCCAUGUCGGCUGGGGGGCCUGAGGAGCCCGUCCAGCCACCACCUGUGGCUGCCUCACUGUCACCUGGUUCUGCCUCUGCUACGCCAGGACCAGCUCCGAGGAAUCCUGCUUCCUUACAUUCUCCAAACAGAGAAGAGAUGGGCAACAGCGAGUCAUUCUCUGAAGGUGAUCCUCUGAGGAUUGUGAUGAUUGGGAAAACUGGUGUUGGGAAGAGUGCUGUUGGUAACACCAUUAUUGGCAAAGACGUUUUUCAGUCUUUAGUGAGUUCAGAGUCAGUGACCGAGACUUGUGAAAUAGAACGAGUUAGAGAUUGCAAAAGAAAGAUCCAAGUGGUCGAUACCCCCGGCAUUCUGGAUACGUCUAAAAAUACAGACAUCAUAAAUAAAGAGAUUGCAAAAUGCAUUCACAUGACCACUCCUGGGCCUCACGUCUUCCUGCUGGUUCUUCAGAUUGGCAGGUUUACCCAAGAAGAAAACAACUCUGUGCGAGCUCUGGAGAAACUCUUUGGACCUGAGGCAACAAACUACACGAUCAUCCUGUUCACUCACGGUGACAAGCUAACUAAAGAGAAGACAACCAUACAAGAUUGCUUGUACAUUGUGACCGAGACUUGUGAAAUAGAACGAGUUAGAGAUUGCAAAAGAAAGAUCCAAGUGGUCGAUACCCCCGGCAUUCUGGAUACGUCUAAAAAUACAGACAUCAUAAAUAAAGAGAUUGCAAAAUGCAUUCACAUGACCACUCCUGGGCCUCACGUCUUCCUGCUGGUUCUUCAGAUUGGCAGGUUUACCCAAGAAGAAAACAACUCUGUGCGAGCUCUGGAGAAACUCUUUGGACCUGAGGCAACAAACUACACGAUCAUCCUGUUCACUCACGGUGACAAGCUAACUAAAGAGAAGACAACCAUACAAGAGUAUUUGAGAACUGGCCAACCUAAACUCAGACAGUUGUUGGCUAGGUGUGGUGAAAGAUAUCAUGUCUUCGAUAACAAAGAUAAAAACAGAAUUCAGGUGGCUCAUCUGAUCAAGAAGAUCGAUCACAUGGUGGGAACAAAUGGAGGAUGUCACUACACAGAUAAAAUGUUUGAGAAAGCGCAGGAGCAAUUAAAAACAUCAGGACAGCUUUUAAAUGAGGCCUUCAUGGCAGAGCUGCGGCAAAAAGUCAUCCUGUUUCAGCAAAUAUUGGCUAAUCCAGAGGGCUGGACUAGCUAGGACUACACUUGCCAGUCUUCUGAGUCAAUAAUGGAUCCUUAAUCUGAUGUA